AUGACAAAAACUAAUCAACGAACGACCGCUGGAAAUAUCAAUACAGUAAGCAGCUACAAUUUGGAAGAAAUGAUCGCGUACAUCGGUCAAAAUCCCAAUGUUGCAUUCCGUGUUCAUCAACAUCCUAUUCAAGUUCCAUAUCCUCAACAUCUCGACGCGCCAAUUGAGUCAUCAACACCUCAAACAGCUAAACGAAACUUAGAUUCAAAUGAUAAUGAUCAUGCACAAAUAUCAGAACAACAACGUGUUUUUUCGAACGAUAAACAAAAAAAUACUGGUCAAAUGAAUCUGUCAAUGGCUCCAAACUCUGCACAUUUACUAGAUUGGAAUCCUGUACUAGAUCAACCCCAACAACAAGCAUCCGACCAGCAACAACGUCGUCUUCCGUUUGAACAGCUAAAACGCGCUAUUUCAAGUAAUCUUCCAUGUUUUUUAAUUUAA